AUGAACCACAAGCUGGAAUGUUAUCUUGGAAAUGCAACCGAGGAGCGACGACGCAAUGUUGUGGUUAUAGAUCACGAUCUCUGCAUCUCGUUCCAUCGGACGGUACGAGUACCGGACAACGAGCAUGCCUCAUUCCUGCCUCCCGGUCUUGGAAGAUUCCCACUCACAAAAGUGUCGGAACACCCAGAUAACUGCUCAGAUAACGUCGUCACCAAAGGCGGAUUGUUCUUUCCAAUGCACCAACGAGAGGCCAUGUGGAUUCAACUCACGUCUCGUAGGAAAUGCUUGAUAAAGAUAUAUGUGGGUGGGGUGAACGCCAUCUCCGGCGUGCCGGCUGAAGAAACAGACAAUACGCUUUUGGGGCAUCGAAAACUGCAAUUAGAUGCUAAAGAUCGCGCAAAGAGACUGGCGAAAAUACAAGAUUACGUAGUGACACUGGAUCAACUCUGGCUUGACGGUAUUGUCAGUGCGGAUGGGGUUGUUCGACAGUUCAUCGCUAUGCCUACUGGCACGGGAUAUUCGGUUGAGUCACAAAUCACCGGAAAAGAAACUACAAAUGGCAUCCAAAUUGAAGUCACCCCCGCACGAGUCACCGGAGCACGAGAGGAUUCCACUUUCAUCGUGUAUGUGAGGACACUCACGGGAAAAAUAUUGACCUUUCGAGUCACGACGGACCAGACCACAGAUGACUUGAAGGCUCAGAUUUGGGACCUAGAGGGGAUCCCCAUCGAUCAGCAGAGGCUCAUCUUUGCAGGAAGACAGUUGGAAGCUUGGAGAUUGAGCGACUACGCCAUUGAAGAGGGCUCCACCCUGCAUCUUAUUCUUCGACUUAGGGGUGGUGGAGGUCCAGAGCCCACGCCGGAGCAAUGGGCCGAGCAACUCAAGAACCACAAGGCUCCCGCCAUGGGCAUCGCCGCGGGUGGCAAGAUCAAACAGGUUAUUGAGGUCGACCGUUAUCCGAAGGACACGUGGGACCCCUCCAAAACCACCGUAUUUAACGUGCACAUCGUCGAUUCAUCCGCCUACAAGCAGGUCACGGGACAUGAGCCACCAGAGACACCAAUCGACGCCGCUCUCUAUGCCAAAUAUGGGUACCCAUUCUUCGAACUUCCCGAAGAGAAGAGCGGCAUCCAUGGGGAUUUUGCAGCCGUCAAAUCUGUGGCACAGCUUGACAACAGGUUUGAGGAGCACGUCGUCCCGCGAAAGGUGACACUCCGCGCAAGGAGAGGGCCAGACGGUAAAUGGACGCGAAGAGAUGCACAUGCAGAAGCGCCACCUGGCAUUACCAACCCUGCAGGACCUCUCCGCGAAUUUCGCACCGUGCACGACUUGGAAGAGCAGUUGAUGGCGCCGAAGAUCGAAGACUCGAUGGACACCAAGUGGAAGUGACCGCUUCUCUAGGGGUUCGGUGAUUGAUUGUGUAUGCACAUGCACUUCCUUGUGCGUUCUGCUGAUUUCGAUCGAGGAAGGCAUGUGACUUCGCGAAAAGUAUGGAGGACUACACAUUUGGCCAUGCAGAAUGGACAGCUUCCCUCUGUCCUUUUGACAAGCUUUAAGCUUGCGACAGGCAUAGACACGACAAUGUCAUUUCUAGUUCAUCAGCAUUCCAUAUCAAAUGACG